AUGUCGGACCAGCCCCCCCUGGACACGGCCACGGCCACCGAGCAGGCCAAGCUCUUGGUCAAGUCCGGCGCCAUCAGCGCCAUCAAGGCCGAGAACAAAAACUCGGGGUUCAAACGCUCCAGGACCCUCGAGGGCAAACUCAAGGACCCCGAGAAGGGCCCCACCCCCACCUUCCAGCCCUUCCAGCGCAGCGUCUCGGCCGACGACGACUCCCAGGAGUCGCGUCGCCCCCAGAGGAAAUCGCUGUAUGAGAGCUUCGUCAGUGCCAGCGAGCGGCUGCGGGAGCCCGAGGGGGGGGCGCGGGGGGAGCCCCCGGAGCGGGGGGGGGAGCGGGAGCGGCGCCUGGACUGGGAGAACGAGGGCGAGGCCGAGGAGCGGCGGGAGCGCGACGGAGCCUUCCGGAGGUCGGACUCGUUCCCCGAGCGCCGCCCCCCCCGCAAGGGGAACACUCUGUACGUGCACGGGGCCGAGCUGAGCCCGGAGCUGCUGCGCGGAGCCUUCGGCCCCUUCGGCGCCAUCAUCGACCUCUCCAUGGACACGCCCAGAAACUGUGCCUUUGUCACCUUUGAGAAGAUGGAAUCGGCCGACCAGGCCAUGGCCGAGCUGAACGGGGCCGUGGUCCAGGACGUGCAGCUCAAGGUCAGCAUCGCCCGCAAGCAGCCCCUGCUGGACGCGGCCACCGGCAAAUCCCUCUGGGGGUCCCUGGCGGUGAAGAACAGCGCCAAGGGCUCGCACCGGGACAAACGGACACAGGUGGUUUACAACGAGGAUCUGUUCGGGGGGCAGUGACGGACGGACGGACGGACGGACACACGGACAGGGUCAUUGUGUUCAUGGAGCUGUUUGGGGGGCAGUGACGGACGGACACACGGACACUGUCAUUGUGUUCAUGGAUCUGUUUGGGGGGCAAUGAAGGACAGACGGACACACGGACAGGGUCACCUGUUUGGGGGGCAAUCAAGGACAGACAGACAGACACAGACACAGUCACUGUCAUGGAUCUGUUCGGGGGG